UUCAAGAGUAAGACAAGACUGGAGCCACUGAACCUGAAGCGACAUCAGAUUCCCUCUAGGUACGCGAUAAAUACUUUUACUCACCCAUCCUGCCUAUAAAUCUUACCAUAAGACUCAUUCGCUGAUAACCAAAUAUUCAUAUCCAACGCCAGAAGAUGUACCAUCAUCACCACCAAGCUACCAACAUGCACUCUUCGACAAGAAUGUCUUUCCCAGAAAGGCAUCUGUUCCUGCAAGGCGGGAAUGCCAACGGAGACUCAGGACUUGUUCUUUCAACUGAUGCUAAGCCAAGAUUAAAAUGGACGCCAGACCUUCAUGAGAGGUUUAUAGAAGCAGUUAACCAACUUGGUGGGGCAGACAAAGCCACGCCAAAAUCAGUUCUCAAACUUAUGGGGAUCCAGGGAUUAACCUUGUACCACUUAAAGAGCCAUCUUCAGAAAUACAGACUAAGUAAGAACCACCAUGGACAAGCAAAUUCUAGUGGGGACAAUAAAGCUGCAGCAAGUAUGGAGAAAAUAUGUGAGAGCACUGGAAGUCCUACGAGCAAUCCAAGCAUUGCAUCCCAACCAAACAACAAUAUACCAAUAAGCGAAGCAAUACAAAUGCAAAUUGAGGUCCAAAGAAGGCUUCAUGAGCAGCUUGAGGUGCAACGACAUUUACAGCUAAGGAUAGAGGCUCAAGGGAAAUAUUUGCAGGCUGUGCUCGAGAAAGCACAAGAAACUCUUGGAACACAAAACUUGGGAACAAUUGGAUUAGAGGCAGCCAAGGUUCAACUAUCGGAUUUGGUAUCCAAAGUAUCCAACCAAUGUCUAAAUUCUGCAUUUUCGGAAAUACAAGAACUUUCAGGAUUUCACACCCCACAAACACAAGCAACCCAACGGUUAGCAGAUUGUUCGCUGGAUAGCUGCUUAACCUCCUCUGAAGGCCCCUUGAGAGACCUGCAGGAAAUGCAUAAUAACCAAGUUGGGCUGAGGACUUUAAACUUUGGACCAUGUACAGAAGAUAUUGAAAAUCAGGCGAGGUUACAUCGGACUGAUCUAAGAUGGCGUGACGACCUCAAGGAGAACAGAUUGUUUCCCAAAAUGGAUGAGGAUACAGAAAAAGAAUUUGCCAAAGAGACAAACUGGAGCAACUUAUCAAUGAACGUUGGAAGCCAAGGAGGAAAUCGGAAUGUUAACAGUAGCUACGUUGAUGGACGACUUAAUGGAAUAGAUGCAGACAUCAAACUUUUUCACCAAGCUCCAACAGACAGAAGUGAUUCAACGAAACCAGAGAAGCAAGUGUCACCACAAGAGUAUAAGCUGCCUUACUUUGCUCCGAAGCUGGACCUAAACACGGAUGACCAAACUGAUGCUGCUUCUAGUUGCAAGCAACUUGACUUAAACGGUUUCAGUUGGAACUAAGAGCUCCCAACUCCACAUAGAAGGAAAAACAUGAGAAAUUUUGUCUGAGACAGACACCCGCAUGUGGGAAACUGAGAAGAUGCUCCUUUUGGAAAGAAUAAAACAACUUGUAACAAUUAGAAUUCAAGAUCAUAUAUAAUACUUCAACACCAUUGGAUCUUUUGAGGUCA